AACGCACCUCCGGCAUUGCCUCGGCAGACCUUGGGAUUUCGCUGAAGGCAAUCUCUGCUCUUGUACACUAGGGCAAGACAUUAGCUUCAGAAAUGGUAAAGAACUUAAAAAGUCCCGUGACCUAUGCGAAGAUGAAGGGCUUGAUGUCUCAAUUUUCAGCCUUAAUCAAAGAGAGGAAAGCCCUCGCCAGUGACCUGAUGCUGAAGCUUGUGGCCAGUCCGAAGAUAUAUCGGCGUUUUGACUCUCAUGGUUUUCUUAGGCCGGAGGAGGAUGCAGCUGAUGAACUAUGCUUCAGAGGCGCUUCACCACAGAAGGUGACAGCUGCAGAUUUUGAUUACUUGAAGGUGAUUGGGACUGGAAGCUUCGGAAAGGUCCUAUUGGCCAAGCAAAAGGAUACUAAGAACUAUUAUGCUGUGAAGGUUCUACAGAAGCACCCCAUUCUGCAGAGAAAAGAACAGGGCCAUAUCAUGUGUGAGCGCAGUGUUCUGUUGCGGACCCUCAAUCACCCUUUCCUGGUCAGACUCCACUACUGCUUUCAGACCAGUGGCAAACUCUACUUCGUGCUUGACUAUGCCAGUGGAGGAGAGCUCUUCUAUCACCUACAGCAAGAGCGUGUGUUUUUGGAGCCCAGAGCUCGAUUCUACGCUGCUGAAAUUGCCAGUGCACUUGGAUAUCUACACGCCCUAGAUAUCAUCUAUAGGGACCUGAAGCUGGAGAAUGUUUUGUUGGACAGAUCUGGCCAUAUCCUACUGACAGACUUUGGCUUGUGUAAAGAGGGAGUAGACCGGGAAGGUCGGACUGGGACAUUCUGUGGAACACCUGAAUACCUGCCCCCUGAGGUGUUGGAGCAAAGGGAAUACGGUCUCACUACUGACUGGUGGGCACUUGGUGUGGUGCUUCAUGAAAUGGUUUACGGCCAGCCUCCAUUUUUCAGCGAGUCCCGUUCCAGGAUGCUGAAGAAUAUCCUCUAUCAGCCACUACUUUUGAGUCCCGGGAUCUCCAAACCUGCCAGAGACCUGCUGCAAAGGCUACUGGAGAAGGAUCCUCGGAAGAGGCUGCAGAACCUGGCAGAGUUAGAAUGCCACCCUUUCUUCUCCUCUAUUAAUUGGACUGAACUUGUGGAAAAGAAAGUGCGGCCUCCUUUUAGACCAUCUCUGUCAGGGCCUGUUGACCUGGUGAAUUUUGACCCUGAAUUCACACAGUUACCGGUUCCACCCUCACUGAGUGCCUGUGAAGGGUCUGGGCUAACAUUUCCUGGCUUCAGCUUUACCAGUGACAAUGGUCCUGCUGUCUCCACUCAGUUCAGUCGACGCUGAUUCACAAGGGUUUCUUCAUUCAUGGAAGUUCGAGCAUCAUUGUAAAUGAUCAUCAGCAUAGUUUCAAUGUGCUAAGAAUCCAUUUUUUUAUAUCUCACCUCAAGAUAGAUAGAUUUAGAAUGUUCUCUUUUUGCUUGAGCCGAGCAAAUUACUGAGCUAGUAUUUCAUAUACCAUUGCUUUGUUGGACAAUGUGACACCUUUAAGGUAUAGGUUUCCUUUUAGGUAAAUCCCUUGGACCAAAUGACUGUAAAAUGUAUCUACCACAUUUGUUAUUCUGUUUAUUGUUUUACAUUUUCCAGUCAGUGAAAUUAUAUAGGGAACCAUUAUUUAAGUUACAUUUUGUGUCUUAUGUUUUUUUUAAGGUGCCUCUCAUUUUGCAAUGUCUUAAUUAUUUGGCGGCAGCAGCUGUGAGAAAAUGGAAAACUAAAACGUUUUUUGCCUCACUGUACAUUAAUUGGGUGGAAUUGUAUUAUACUUUCCAUCAUUACAGAGUACAAUGAAUAUUUUAGGUUAGGCCUACAUAAUAAAUGUCUGUUUCCCAUUAA